AUGUCACUAUUUACACCUGCUGAUGGUAUUUUGAAAACUCAUCUCACUUGGGACGAACUUCAAAACGGCGUUUUCAAAGCGUUCGGAGCGGAUGCAAAAUUUGGACCCAACAAAGAUGUCAAAGAUAUCGGCGCUGGAAACGGNUGCUUGAUAUCACCUGAUUGGAAGUCUGAACUUAAAAAUGUGCCCCAGAUAUUCAUUGUAAAGAUUUGCUCACAAUUGUCAAUGGUGGAGAAUCAAGCGAUCAUGGAAAACAAAGACUUUAUUAAUGAAGAUCUAAUCAAACAGUUCGAAAAUUACGUCAAGCAGAACCAUAACGUAGAAGUUUGUUUGUACGAGCUGUUGAAGAAGUAUGACGUCACAGACAUUCCGACACCAAAGAUUUAUUUCACGCAAGCGUUCUCUGAAGAAAAUCCACUUAAUGGAUAUAUAAUCAUGGAAUAUGUUGGCGAUGGCACACUGUAUCAUCUUUCUGACAACAUAUCGCCCGAACAUAUGAGCCAAGUUAUGAAGGCGUUAGCAAAAUUGCAAGCAACAGGCAUGAAGUUCACAGAUGAUGAGAAAGCACAUUUCCAAAAUCAUCCUUAUAUCGUGCUCUUUUCUAAAAUGCUUAAUGAGCAGGGAUCGAAUGGGUUUAUGACGAUGUUACGCCAAUUUGGUGGAGAGCGAAUGAAAGACAAGAUCGAUCGCUUGGAAAGUGUCCUUCCCGAGGUAUUGGAUAUAAAACUAAUCCAAGAAAUGCCAAAAUCGUUAGGAAUGGAGCCGGUCUUAUGCCAUGGCGAUCUAUGGGCAACGAAUCUCAUCUGGAAAAAUGGAGCGAGUGAACUUGAAUUGAAAGCUGUAAUCGAUUUCCAGAAUGCACACUUCGGUUGCCCAAGUGUAGAUUUCGCACGGAUCUUCUGUGCCUGUAUGGGUAGCAAGGACCGCAAGGACAAUUGGGAAUCCCUGCUUGAAAAAUUCUACACCUACCUCGAAAAGGAACUGGGUGCUCACAAUAUGCCUUACACUCUAGAUAUGCUGAAGAAGGCUUAUCGACUUUUCUUUCCUCUUGGUGCUUUCUUAAUGCUGCCAAUGUUCGGGCCAACACUUCAUACAAUCAACAGCAACACUGAUGUUGAAUACAAAACGAAGGCUUUGAUGGUUAUGUUCGAGAAGGCUGAAGGUUUAUUGGAGGAUAUUUACGAUUUUCAUCAAAACAAUAAACAACAACGAUGA